UUGGGUGCUGGGAGGAUUUUGCUCCGCAGUGGGACAGGAAAGGGCAGGAAAACCCAGAGGGCGCAAGGAGCCGAGCACAGUGCUGCGGGGUGCCGGCAGACCCUGGGACCAUGGCCAAGCUAGUGGAGUGUGUCCCCAACUUCUCGGAGGGGAUUAACAAGGAGGUGAUCGAUGCGCUGGGGCAGGCCAUCUCCCGGACGCCGGGCUGCGUGCUGCUGGACGUAGACGCCGGCGCCUCCACCAACCGCACCGUCUACACCUUCGUGGGGUCCCCCGAGGCCGUCAUCGAAGGGGCACUGAGCGCGGCCCGCGUGGCUGGGCAGCUCAUUGACAUGAGCCGACACACGGGUGAACACCCUCGCAUGGGGGCCCUGGACGUCUGCCCCUUCGUGCCGGUGAUGAAUGUGAGCAUGGAGGAGUGCAUCACCUGCGCCAAUGUCUUCGGGCAGCGCUUGGCAGCGGAGCUGGGGGUCCCUGUUUACCUGUACGGAGAGGCGGCACAGGAGGAGAGCAGGAAAGCCCUGCCUGCCAUCCGUGCCGGGGAGUACGAGGCGCUCCCCGAGAAGCUUGCAAAACCAGAGUGGGCUCCCGAUUUUGGGCCCCCAACCUUUGUUCCCCACUGGGGGGCCACCGUGACGGGUGCCCGGACCUUCCUUAUCGCUUACAACAUCAACCUGAUGUGCACCAAGGAGCUGGCUCACCGCAUCGCCCUCAACAUCCGCGAGCAGGGCCGCGGUGCCGACCAGCCCGGGCGCUUGAAGAAGGUGCAGGGCAUUGGCUGGUAUUUGGAGGAAGAGAAUAUAGCCCAAGUUUCGACAAAUCUGCUGGACUUUGAGACCACGCCGCUCCACACCGUCUACGAGGAGGUCUGCCGAGACGCACAGGCACUGAACCUGCCCGUGGUGGGGUCCCAGCUGGUGGGGCUUGUCCCCAAGAAGGCCAUGCUGGACACGGCCGAGUUUUAUAUCAAGAAGGAAAAACUCUUCAUCCUGGAGGAGGAACAGAAGAUCAGGCUGGUGGUCAGCCGGCUGGGCCUGGACUCCCUGUCUGCGUUUCACCCCCGGGAGCGCAUCAUUGAGUACCUGGUGCAGGCAGGAGAGGUGGAUGGGGGGCUGGUGGCCAAGCCACUGGGCACCUUCGUGCGAGCAGUCGGUGGCAGGUCGGCAGCACCAGGAGGAGGCUCCGUGUCCGCAGCUGCGGCUGCCAUGGGAGCGGCGCUGGGCUGCAUGGUGGGGCUGAUGAGCUACGGGAAGCGGCAGUUUGAGGAGCUGGACCCCAUCAUGAGGAAGCUGAUCCCCCCCUUCCACCAAGCCAUGGACGAGCUGGUGGCAAUGGUGGACGCCGACUCCCGUGCCUUCAGCAGCUACAUGGAAGCUAUGAAGCUGCCAAAAAGCACCCCUGAGGAGCGGGAGAGACGUGCGGCUGCCAUGCAGCAGGGGCUGAAGACAGCCGUGAGGGUGCCCUGUGCCCUGGCAGAGAAGGUGAGUGGGCUCUGGCCUGCUCUGAAGGACCUGGCAUGCCACUGCAACCUGGCCUGCAAAUCUGACAUCCAGGUGGGAGCCAAAAUGCUGGAAACGGCUGUGUUUGGAGCUUACUUCAAUGUCAUGAUCAACCUCAAAGACAUAACGGAUGAGAAGUUUAAGCUUGCGAUGUCGCAGAAGGUCUCCAGGCUGCUGGAGGAGGCGAAGCAAGGCUCGGCGCUCGUGCUGGCGCUGCUGGAGAAGCGGGUGGCCUGAGAGGAGCUUGGGGAUGGGUGCGGGGGCUCUGCAGCAGCAAAUACAGCUGGGAAACACACUCGUCCCUGCCUGGGCUCCUUCGGUAUCCACCUCAGAAGAGCUGCUCUGCUCAGGCAGAUCCCAGCAUCAUGUUCUCUGCUGGCCUUUCCCUGGCCAACGGUGAUUUUUGCUGCACGGUGCUCUCACCCCAGUCUCCAUCCCCCCCAUCCCUGGGCCAGAAGGAUCCGGCUGGGCUGGCAGUUCCCGGGGCCACAGGGCUCCCAAGAGAGGGGAUGGCAGGGACCCCGUGGUGCUGCCCGGGAGGAGGUCCCUGUGCAUGGGCACCUCCUGACCCCGCACACCCUUGUGUGUUUCUGUGCCCAGAAACCCCCCCAAGACACCACCCUGCCCCCAGGACUGGGACAAGUCCCGGCACAGCCCCUCUCUGCGACGUGUCUUGUUGACAGUGCAUGACGAGACCAGCCUGUUGCAUUGCUCACUGGCCCGGGAAGGGACCACGGCCAAACGCGGGGCAGCAUCGGGGGUAUUAGCAGGGAGAUGGGGACUGGACGGGAGGAGCUCUGCCCCCUCCUCAUAGAUCCUCCCGAGAGGAAGACCUGAGCACUAGGACAUCCAACCCUGCCUCCUCUCUGUUGACCAGGUCUGAUGGCAGAUAUCACCUCCUCCACCUGCACAGCAUGGCAGCACCCUGAGCAGUGUCACAGGGAGUCAUUAGCUGCACCCCGAGACCCGCUGUCCCACAGCAGUGCCUGCGGGUGGGUGACACCCCCAUGCCCGGACACUGUGCUCACGCUGGGAGCACCCAGCCAGGGUUCGUGGUGGGGACGCCUGAGUCACCCCAUCACCUGACGCCGGGACGUGAAACCACCACCCUCUGUCCCGUUUUUAUCAGCUCUGUGGAACCUUUGUGCAGGCUGGGAGUGGCAUGUUGACAUUUUCCUUGUGCCCAUGGUGACAGCCCUGGUGCAGGGAGCGGUACGGCUGGUUCCACUGCUCAGCGGUGUCACCCCUGCCCGCCGCACCCCCUCCUCACCCAGGCAGGGCCCCGGUAUUUAACGGGUGUCUGCCACCCCGGGAGAGCUGUGCUGAGGACGGUGACCGGGGGUGCUGCUGGUGGCGCUGCCUUCAGAGGGUGCUGCCAGCAUCGCCUCUGCUAGGAGCUUUUCUGCAGAUCUGCUCGGGGGUCGCAGAGGAUGUGGAACCCCAACUCAGGUGUGCCCGGAGGGGUGCCACCACCGCAAGUGCAAAUUUGCCCGCCUGCCCCUCCGGGACACCCUUGUCCCGGCGCUCCAGCAGGUCCCUACCCUGGCUACUCUCCAGUGCCACCCGGUGCCCCUGGAGCCUGUCCCCCAGCCUUCCCAGGUGGCUAUCCCUGUGGUCCCGCUCCACCUGGCCCCUGCCCACCAGGACAGCACCCCAGUGGACAUCCACCACCAGGACAUCAUUCCCAUGGGCACCCCCAUCUGGGACCACCGGGAAUGCCGGGGUGCACACCGUGCCCCCCUAACUCCCAUCAGAAGCACCAUAAGAAGCACAAGAAGAAGCAUUCCAAGCACCACAGAGGCAAGCACUCCAGCUCAAGCAGCUCAAGCAGCAGUUCUGACUCUGACUGAAGAGGACAUCUCCCACCGGCACGGCCAUGAAACACGAAGCCGAACGCCCCGUGGGAACCACCUGCGUGUUGCUCUGCUCCUUUCCCCUUUCGCUUAGAGUAGCGUUUUGCCUGCUGAGUGAUUUUCUUGGUUUUAGCUUGUAAAUUCUUUGACCUGGAAUUGCUGUGAGACGAUGGGCAGCAGCUCCGUCCUCUGUCUUUCAGGAGAGCCCACUGAAAGUCACCCCUGAGGCUGCAGGUAGCAGUGUGGGGAGUAUCACAUGCUGGUUUGCAGUCUGCUGGUGUCUGUGUGUUUUUUCCUGGGCAACGAUGCCGGCUGCUAACGUGGGUCCCACCACCCAUAGCAGCUCAUUCUGCAUGAGCUCUCCCAGCUGUAGCAGAGGGGUCGGCCGAGGAAUGCUUUAACUUACCCCUUGCUGAGCUGUAUGGGUUGCCAUCCUCCACGCCAGGGUAAUAAUUAAUAGGAAAAAUUAGUGAGUUUUCUUUCUGAAGCCCCUGAGCUAUGGCCGUGGGACUGCGGCACACUCACUAGGAAAGGUGAAAAGCCUGGCAGUGCUUUCACUGCAGCAGUUUUAACACAGGGCUGCUUUUGCUGCUCUUUUGUUUUUGUUUUGCCCAUUGUCAUGGCUCAGGAGGGCCCUUCCCAGUCCCGUUACCAGGAAGGCUUUGCUGCCAGCCGGCGUGACUGGCUGCUGGACCCAGCGGCACGCACACGAGCGGCUCACCGUGGCAGAGGGCAUCUCCAAGAGAGGUGGCGCAGCCCAUCUCACCCAGAUGUGCUGCCAGCGCAGCCUUCUCCACCCCUGCUGCACUGCUGGCCGGGCAUGUGGUGCGUGCUGGGGCAGCGGGACUUCACCCCUCCGGCCCCUCGCUGGCUGCGGUCGUGUUUUGUCCUGCGGCCCUCAAAGCUCCCCGAUAGCUCUCCUUUCCAAAGGAAAAAACACGGCAGCAGCACUGCAGCACACGUGGCCGCAGCUCCCCACCGCCGUGUGCCCCGUGCCCCGUGCUGGGGGUCCCCAUGGACAACCCAAGCCCUGCCCAGCCUCUCCUCCCAUCCCACCUCCACCACCGUGGAUGCGACCUUACAGAAAUGCCCCUGUCCUUGGAGGGUUCCCCUGCCCCGCUGUCCUGGCUUGAGACACACAAGUGUUGGAUGCAAGAGGGGCUGAAGAAAGCGUGGGGAAAGCCCGACUGUGGUGCGAUGCCACCUUCGUGGUGGGGAAACAGCCCCCCUCAAAGAGGGGCACCUGAGCACCCCUGCUCUGCUCACCCAUGAAGAGGUGAGGAACAUGACGCAGGUGAGGAACGAAGAGACAGUCUUUGUCGUGCCGAGAGACCACAGUUUGAUGGGCACUGGGGGGGUGCGGGCCAGGGGGCAGAGGAACAGGUCUGCAAGGGGACUGCUGGAGACAGGGGGAGAGCUGGAGGGGCCCCAUCAGCAUUCUGCAGCCCCUCAGGUCCUCAGCAGUGCCCCAUGGCCCCUGCGCUGCUGGGACCCCCGGCCUUGUGCUCCAGCACUUGCAAGGAGAGGCAGAAUACAAACUUAUCUGGACUUAACAGCUUAGCACCAGGAGAAACAGCUGCUCAUUAAAAAUAAUUUUUAAAAAGGAGACAAACCACAAAAUAAAGAGGCUUUUCCA